CAGACCACCUCCAGCAUACAACCAAUAGCGAACCUGAGACUGCUGCUGCUAGGAAAUCCUUACUAGUAGACGCUGUUUAGAGUAGCCCGACGACUUUACAUCUCGUCUCGGGGGAAGAUCUCUGCCGCCUACGCAACCACCUCGCAGGCAGCUAGGCGCGGCACCGCCGUCCACGACCUUAUCUAACACCGGCCAUAUUGAGGCUGUCUGCUUCGCCAUGGCGAGAACGAAGAAAUCGAUGUCGAAAAAGAAGAGGGGUGUCUCACUUCGCGAGAUCACGAAGAAGUUGCAUGCUAUGAAGAAACUCAGCCCUAGAGUUGCAAAGACCUCGAAAUCCGCUCAGGCCACGACGCCGAAGAAGACCACAGCGAAAAAGGAACCCCGUGUAUCAGACCACAAGACGCCAAAAACCAAGAAGCCACACACCCCCAAAACCCUCAGAACCCUCAGAACCAAAGUCGCCAAGACCUCGAAACCCGCUCAAACUCCCAACUCCCCCGGCACCAGCUUCAUGAACCUCUCGGGCGAGCUGCGCAACAUGAUCUACGACCACGCCCUCGUCUACCCCUCCAAGGUCCAGGUGAGCUGGGGCACGACCAAGAAGCCGCGGAGCCACCACGUCGCCCGCGGCGGCGCGUACCGGCCCCCGACCGGCGUGCCCGCGCUGCUCCAAGUGUGCCGCCAGGUCCGGCAGGAAGGGCUCUCCAUCUUCUACAGCGCGAACACGUUCGCGUUCCACGAGGACCACGACGUGCGCGCGCGCGACCCCCGCUUCGACAUCCGCAUGAUCGGCAGCGUGUGGUACGUGUGCACGCGGCCGACGACGUGGCGCUUCGAGCGGUGGCUGACCAGCCUCGGGGACAACGUGCGGUGGCUGCGGCACAUCCACCUGUGCUUCCACACGCGGGAGGCCAAGGGGCUGCGGGUCCGCUACCAGGGGGAUUUCUUCCCGUGGGUCAAGUUCGCGGCGCAGCAUCCUGAGGCGGACGUCGUGGUCGCGUCGGGCGAGAACGAUGUGCACCAUUGCUGCGGCUGCUAUUACGCGGACCGCCCGGGAGAGGUGGCGAAGCUGGCGGAGAAGUUCCCCGUCUUGCGCGAGCCGGCGUGGGUGGAGGAAAUUCGGGCGGGGAAUAUCAGGGGUUUCGUGGGGGAGACGGUUACGAUGGGCGGCCUGAGGACUAUACAGGCACAGGGGCCGUGGGAGGUUCAGGUUAAGGAGAUCACGUAUAGCGAGCAGGUGAGAGAGGCUAUGGAUGAAGACGAUUGGCAGGAGGUUUGCGAGAAACUGAGCUUGUCGCACAGCUUCACGUUGGUGCGGAAGAGUGCGAAAGGGAAGGGUAACUUUGGCAUGAUUGUCGAGGCUAAGCCGGAGGUAAUCGUGUUGGACGACUGAUGGCUCCGGGCUAGGAGAGAUUUUUUAAAGGCUUUGCACUUGUUUUGGCGUAUCAAGGAUGCAGGUGUCUAAUUUGGGUCUUUGGAGGCUAGUUUCGAGUGGUUAAAACUCUUAGUAAGAAUAUUUUGCGACCUUUUUUGGUUGGCUACAACUCUCAGUGUCGCUCAGCGACCCCUUAAAGAUCAAGAGAUAUCCAUACCGUUCUUCAUGCGGUAAUAAUAGUGGUA